AAUUUCUUGUUGUUCGAUAUUCUGAUUACACUAUCUUAGCUUUUCAAGAUAUUAUCACAUAUAAUAUUAAUAAUUUACCUUUAAAAUGUUUUGAAAACCUUACUUUUACUAUUCAAUAUCAACAAAGUUUAACUCCUUUAGUAUUUAAUUCUUUACCUAUUCAAAUCUAUACUGCUUAUCUUCGAACAAAUCGAUUUACUUUUGAUCCCUUUUUAAUUCUUUAUAACCAUAGUGAAGUAGAAUCUGAAAUUUCCAAAACUUCUGAUUUAUCUGAAUUUGAUUUAGAACAAUUAUAUCAAACUUCUGUACCUUCUCUUCCUAUUACUCCACCUUAA